GCUGCCAGAUCAGUUUGUCACCACCCAGGCUCCCUUGCCUUUGGCUGGGUGCAACUUCCAUUUUAGGUGUUGGAUCUGAGGGGAAAAAAAGAGAGAGGGAGAGGGAGAGAAAGAAGAGCAGGAAAGAUCCUGAAAGGAGACGCGGUGGUGAAAAUCAGCUGCCUGGCCGGAUUUGUCUUCCUCAGCACGUUGGCUACGCCUAGGAUUUCUUUCCCACAGGACGGGUUUUUAGGAGUCCACAUUCAAGAUAUUUCUGCAAGCUCUCUCCUCUGCUUCAUCCUUGCUGUGGUGCUGGGAUGCUUCUUCCAUGGUCUGUUUGAAUCUAGCCUGGGCUGUUCUCUGUGUUAGACCCAUCUGUUACGGCCCCUCUCUGAACAGCGAUAGUGCGAAGUGAGGGGCCUUCUCCCUCUCCCCCCUGCCACCUUCCUCUUACCCUGCCCUGCGGCGGCUCCGCCCCUUACCUGCAUGGAGGACGCGGAGGUGGAGUCGACCGCCAGCAUCCUGGCCUCCGUGAAGGAGCAGGAGGCCCAGUUCGAGAAGCUGACCCGGGCGCUGGAGGAGGAGCGGCGCCACGUCUCGGCGCAGCUGGAGCGCGUCCGGGUCUCGCCGCAAGAUGCCAGCCCUCUCUUGGCCAACGGCACCCUCACCCGCCGGCAUCAGAACGGCCGGUUUGUGGGCGAUGCUGACCUUGAGAGACAGAAACUGUCAGAUCUGAAACCCAACGGACCCCAGGACCACAGCCAGCUUCUGUACAGCACCAUCCCCAGGAUGCAGGAGCCAGGGCAGAUUGUGGAGACCUACACGGAGGAGGACCCCGAGGGAGCCGUGUCGGUGGUCUCUGUGGAGACCUCAGACGACGGGACCACGCGCCGCACAGAGACCACGGUGAAGAAGGUCGUGAAGACCGUGACAACCCGGACGGUGCAGCCGGUCCCUGUGGGGCCAGACGGGCUGCCCAUGGAUGCCUCAGCAGCUUCUAACAAUUACAUCCAGACUUUGGGCCGUGACUUCCGCAAGAACGGCAACGGGGGGCCGGGUCCCUACGUGGGGCAGGCGGGCACCGCCACCCUCCCUCGGAACUUCCAUUACCCUCCCGAUGGGUACAGUCGCCACUACGAAGACAGCUACCCGGGGGCCCCGGACAGCUACGGCAGCCUGUCCCGGGUGACCCGCCUCGAGGAGCGCUACCGGCCCAGCAUGGAGGGCUACCGGGCCCCCAGCCGGCAGGACGUGUACGGCCCCCAGCCCCAGGUGCGCGUGGGCGGGAGCAGUGUGGAUCUGCACCGCUUCCAUCCGGAGCCCUAUGGGCUGGAGGACGACCAGCGCAGCGUGGGCUACGACGACUUGGACUACGGCCUGAUGUCUGACUAUGGCACAGCCCGCCGCACCGGGACUCCCUCCGACCCUCGCCGCCGCCUCAGGAGCUAUGAAGACAUGAUUGGUGAGGAGGUGCCGUCGGAUCAGUACUACUGGGCUCCCCUGGCCCAGCACGAGCGAGGGAGCCUAGCAAGCCUGGACAGCCUGCGCAAGGGAGGGCCCCAGCCUCCGAACUGGAGGCAGCCCGAGCUGCCAGAGGUGAUCGCCAUGCUGGGCUUCCGCCUGGACGCCGUCAAGUCCAACGCGGCUGCCUACCUGCAGCACCUGUGCUACCGCAAUGACAAGGUGAAGACUGACGUGCGGAAGCUCAAGGGCAUCCCGGUGCUGGUGGGAUUGCUAGACCACCCCAAAAAGGAGGUGCACCUCGGAGCCUGCGGGGCUCUCAAGAAUAUCUCUUUUGGACGGGACCAAGAUAACAAGAUUGCCAUAAAAAACUGUGAUGGUGUUCCUGCCCUUGUGCGGCUGCUGCGAAAAGCUCGUGACAUGGACCUUACCGAAGUCAUUACUGGAACCCUGUGGAACCUGUCGUCCCAUGACUCGAUCAAGAUGGAGAUCGUGGACCGCGCGCUACACGCCCUGACGGACGAAGUGGUCAUCCCACACUCCGGCUGGGAGAGGGAGCCGAGUGAGGACUGUAAACCGCGCCACAUGGAGUGGGAGUCAGUGCUCACCAACACUGCUGGCUGCCUGAGGAACGUAAGCUCAGAGAGGAGCGAAGCCCGCAGGAAGCUUCGGGAAUGUGAUGGUCUGGUCGACGCCCUCAUUUUCAUUGUCCAGGCUGAGAUUGGACAGAAGGAUUCCGACAGCAAGCUCGUGGAGAACUGCGUGUGCCUCCUGCGGAACUUGUCCUAUCAGGUUCACCGGGAGAUCCCACAGGCCGAGCGCUACCAGGAGGCGCCACCCGCUGUUGCCAACAAUGCGGGGCCCCACGCGGCCAGCUGCUUUGGCGCCAAGAAGGGCAAAGACGAGUGGUUCUCCAGAGGGAAAAAACCUGCAGAGGAUCCAGCAAAUGACACGGUGGACUUCCCGAAAAGAACCAAUCCUGCUCGAGGCUAUGAGCUCCUAUUUCAGCCCGAGGUGGUCCGGAUAUACAUCUCACUCCUCAAGGAGAGCAAGACGCCUGCCAUCCUGGAAGCCUCUGCCGGAGCCAUUCAGAACUUGUGUGCCGGGCGCUGGACAUACGGCCGUUACAUCCGAUCUGCCCUGCGUCAAGAGAAGGCGCUCUCAGCCAUAGCUGACCUCCUGACCAGUGAGCAUGAGCGUGUGCUGAAGGCGGCCUCGGGAGCACUGAGGAAUCUGGCGGUGGACGCUCGCAACAAAGAGCUCAUCGGUAAACAUGCCAUUCCCAACUUGGUGAAGAAUCUGCCAGGAGGGCAGCAGAACUCCUCCUGGAGUUUCUCUGAGGAUACCGUCGUGUCGCUUUUGAAUACCAUCAAUGAAGUUAUUGCCGAGAACUUGGAGGCUGCCAAAAAGCUUCGCGAGACACAGGGCAUUGAGAAGCUGGUGUUGAUCAACAAGUCAGGGAAUCGCUCGGAAAAAGAAGUUCGAGCAGCAGCACUGGUAUUGCAGACAAUCUGGGGGUACAAGGAGCUGAGGAAGCCACUGGAAAAGGAAGGGUGGAAGAAAUCAGAUUUCCAGGUGAACCUCAGCAGUGCUACGCGGAGCCAGAGCAGCCACUCCUAUGACGACACCACGCUGCCCCUCAUCGACCGCACUCAGAAGCCAGAUAAGAAACCUGACCGGGAAGAAAUUCAAAUGAGCAAUAUGGGAUCAAACACGAAGUCACUAGAUAACAACUAUUCUACACUGAACGAGAGGGACCACAGCAGAACACUGGAUCGAAGCGGGGAUCUGGGUGACAUGGAGCCGCUGAAGGGAACGCCCCUGAUGCUCUUCGCUGUUCACACUAACCCCUGCAUGUGUUCACGGCAGGACGAGGGGCAGGAGUCUCUGCAGGAAGAGUUGGAUGUGUUGGUUUUGGAUGAUGAGGGGGCCCCAGUGUCUUACCCCUCCAUGCAGAAGAUCUAGCACCACUAUCUCCGCUCCAUCUGGGCUUAUAUGUACUUUUAUUUUUUGGUGGUGAAAUGGACUGAUGAUUUUUUCCUUUCUUCGCUGGACUAUUGUGCCAACUGCCAGGCUGCCUCCUGCCCUUCAGCCCCAAGUGGCUGCCUUCAUCCCAUCGACUCCCGACUUCUCACAGUGAAGUUUAAUUGCCCUGCCCCGUCCCCACCCGGCCCCUCCGGUUUCUGCCGAGGGACCGGACUUGUAUGCAUAUCUCGAGAGACUGCCGAGAUAAGCCCUCCUGGCAGGCUCUCCUGGAAUUGGCCUCAUGUGGAGGGAGGGUGGGAGUGGGAAUCUUCGCGGAAGCCAUGGAGAGCAGCGGAAGUUCCGUUCUGUAUAUGCAAUGCAAUGUCCAGCAAUCUGCUACACUGAUGAUUCUUAAUCAAGAUUAUUUUUCCUGGUGGGGAAGGGACUUUAUUUUCUUUUGGAGAGUGGGAAGUGUGAAUUCUUCCUUAUUCCAGUGGCUAUUUGGAGCAAGAAGGCUGACGGCAUUGGUGCAUUCUACCUGGCAAGAACCCUUGAGUAACAGAAGGUCUAGCGCUGGGAUUGGAAACCCUUGCUCUCCUCAUCUCCGAGGCAGGGACCACAAGGACCACAGACGCCAUCUCUUAGCUGAGCCUGACGCUGCCCGUGCUGAGGCUUCCUGAGCCUCUUCUCCAACCUGUGACGCAUCUGCUGGCUCAGCCUGGCCAUCUCCAGGAGGGUGUGAAAAGAGGAGAACGUUGAGGAAGACUUGGUGGGGGAGGAGCGAAACAUGUCUUUGGGGAGAAGAGGAACCUCUAGGAGGAGCUGGAAGAGACAUUCACAAAGCGGUUAGUCUGAAACUGGCAGGAAGCUUCAAAGCUGGCUUCCCCCCGCCCCAUUUCUCCUUUUCCUGCCCUUUGAGCCCAUCCUCCCCACCUCCUCGGAUUGGUUGGCAACGACAGGACUUUGAUGUACAUAACUGCUGUCCCCUGCCCUUCUACGGCGGCGAUCGCCCUGGCUUUGCCUCCUCUCUGUGCCUUUGGCCUGGGUGCGUCUCCUCCCUCCCUUCCAUGUGCCUUUCUUUGCCUGUGCAGUCCCAUUUCUCAUGAUUUUGCGAGUUAAAGUAUUUUGUUGCUUUCUUACCCGCUAUUGGCCCUCGACAGCAGAAAGAAGAGAGGUGACUAGAGAACCUUAGAGUCUGCGGUAGGGUUGGUGGAGCUCUGAUUUCUGCUGUGGCCAGCUCUUCUUGACAGUGUGUGGUUGGGGUUUUGUGAAAAUCUCACCCCAAGGGGUCUCAGCGUGGCUGGCAGGAGGGGUGCAUGGCGUGGCCCUGACUCCUGAGCUGCCCGGCGUCUGCCGUCACUGGGAAGGCUCCUUGGGACCCAGGGCCCUGCCCAGGCCCCUCGCUCUUGUACAUUAGCAGG